AAAGUAAAAUUUGUAGUCGAAAUUUUCGUCCUGAAGACGAAGAAGAGAGAACAAAAAUGGAAAAGGAUGGUUUGCAAUUUUUGAAUAGACUAAGGAGCUUAAAUGGAAGUUCUGAGAACGUGUGUGUGAUAGGUGUCUUCGGUAAAGGGUCAUCUGGUUCUCAAUGCAAUGGACUCAUCCUUAACAAUCUUCUCGACAAACACAUCUUUGAGAAGUAUACUGUGUUUGAACAUGUGAAGUCAGAGGAACAGGUUGUAAGAAGUUGUUACAUUGAACCAUACUAUGACAAAUCCAGGCAUACACUAUACCUACAGCUUGUAUCAAUCUACGAUGGAGCUCAGCUAGCUCAACUAUGUCGACUUCUUCCUCAACAUAUUUCAACAGCUGAUAGCCAUGCAUACUGGAAGAGUCAUGAGGGUCAACAUGCUAGACUCCUACUCUACCUCUUUACAAUAUCUCACAUUAUGAUGGUUUGUCACCCUAGAGCUGUAUUUGACACCAGUUAUGUGAAGCUUUUCAGGGCAUUGCAGACUACAAGAGAGAAGCUGUCACCCCAAUUGAGUAGCAGUCUGAAAGGCUUGUCCGUUAGCAGACAGUGGCAGACGUCAGGUCGUAUGUGCACACCACGCCUUCUCUUUGUCUCUCAGCAGAGUGACCUCAAUGAUGUCAAGGACACCGGACAGGGCGGACAAACCAAGAAGAAAUCCCAACGUAAAGCUCUUCAACAUCAUCUAGAAGAUCAGAUCUACAGGAUCUUCAGAAAAACUCACAUUCUCACAAACAACAUGUCUCACUGUCUGUUCAGUAUCCCUUUAAACCAAGCCUUUGUCCACAUCUUGCAUUCUCAUGAUCAACUCAAGGACACCAUACAUGAACUAAUCAACUCAUGUUCACUCACCAGUAGCAGUGACAUAUCAGAUAAUCACCAAUCAGAGAAGGAAGUAUUUGUUAUGCCUAUCACUAUGGAAACCAUACCAUCUCUGACGGACAAGCCUGAUGAUUCUCUGAGAGCGUUUGUUCACCAGCACGUUGACCUCAUACUCAACAAGAAAGGAUUUGAUGAUACCCUUAGAGGAGCUGCUAUUGCACAUUUUGAGUACCCAAGCAUGAAGACUUGGAUAGAAGUAGCUACCUCAUCUUAUCAACUAUUAAUGAAUGUGACCGAUGACCCCAAGGUGACCUCUGCACUGACCUACCUUCAGACUGCUCUAGACCAAGAUCUUAGAUUCUCAGAAAUGAGAUGCAAGAAGAUUUUACCCAUGGCAAGCCGAUCUUAUCAGGAGAAUGCUUCUUCACACUAUACCAGCACAGUACAUAGAAACAAGCUAUUGCAAGCCAUGAAGAUGUAUUCCCAGCAUGCUCGUGGUCCAGCCUACGAGACAUUCGCUGACCAGCUUCAGGAGGAAUGUGAACUCUUCUGGCAGAGUGGACGACAGCUGUGUGAGGUCAUCAGUCUGACCGGUCAUCACUGCAUCCACAAGCUUCAUCUCCUGCCCAGUGAUCCAGAGUUGGACCCACCGAGGGAGAUAGUCCUGAGUCAUCUACCCCAUACUAAUAACAAUCAGACACCAUGUGCUUGUAACUGUGGCAGGUCAGUAGGCACCAGGGAAGACCCCUUCGAUGUCAAGGUUGCCAACUAUGACUUCUUCAAAGAGAUGGAAGAGAAAUGUUGCAGUAAGCUGCAUCACUAUGAGUUCACAGUCUACAGUCCUGCUCCCGCAAGACGACCUUCACAGCUGACCUCUGAGGGUGAUUCCAUUCCUGUAAACGAGGGGGUGUCAGAUCAAGAGGAUGAGGGACGUACAAAAGCAGUUGAAAAGAUCAAGUUAAGCACAGAUACUAAAGAAAGUCAGUCAGGUGUGAUGACCCCUGAGCUUAGUCUAGGUCAAUCAGUCCCUAAUGAAGGGUCUACUGAUCAGCCAGUCAUAGGAACAGCUGCUACUCUAUCAACCCAGGAUGAACAACCUGAUCUGGAAGAGGACAAGGAGAAGGAGGAGGACACUGAUGAAGAUGAUGCAGGUGUUUCUGAACCUCAUUACAACCGACCCUUAGAAGGCAUGUUAUGUAGCAUCACACCCAGAGGCAUGCUACCAUCGUUCUCUUCUUGGUCUCUGGUUUGUCUUGGUCCAUCUUCACUCUAUAACCCAACCAAAGGUUUGGACCAUCCAAACUUCAUGCGAGACAGCAAGCAUCUCUUAGCCUGGGACAUACCCAUCCCGAAAGGCUCUGUCAUGGAUGCAGUCUGGCCUUCACCAAGUGAGAUGGUAACAACAUCAUCUAAGAAAGGAGGCAGGGGAAGAGACAAGAAAGAUGGUUCAUCAGACGGGCUGAGGGCAUACAUCGGUAAUGAGUACGAGUGCCCAAGAGGUCACAGGUUCAUCUGCUCAGGACCAGACAAGGUUGUUAAGGUCGCAUCAGGGUCAGGAGGUCCUAAGGAGAGCGCUAAUAAACUUGUCACCUUGGACAUGCCACUCUAUUACUCCUGCCCAUGCAGAGCCAACAAGCCUCCACUAGGUCAGCUGAUCAGGUCAUUCAUAGUGACUCCACCCAAACCGGUCCACAUCAAACUGAACCCCAAGGUCAGGCCAGGACCACACCCUACACCUGUCUUCACCCCUCUACCAGGGGAUGAGGGUAUUACUCUCACCCCUAGCAGCAUGUGGGUCCUCAGAUACCCAUUUGUGUAUGGGAGUGAAGCUGGUCCAGUCAUGCCCCCUGCAGACAAUCAACCCACACCAGGGGCUAAGCUUCUCAAAGGACUCUACCUGGUCACCCUACAAGCUCCUGAAACCUGACUUGACUAUCAAAGGUACUUUAAAUGUUUGAAAGUAAAUUUCAAGUUGCCUUUGGAAGAGCUUAGAUGAAGUUGAGCUCCCUGAAAAAAGACAGCAAGCCUCGUCCUAGACCACAAGCUUCUCAAAGGUCCGUCCCUGGUGGCCCUACAAGCUCCUGAAACCUGACUUGACUGUCAAGGGUACUUUUAACUUCUAAAGACAAAGGACCAUCGGCCACUGGAAGAGCUGAAAGUCCUUUAAGCACUGACAACAACCUCCGUCGUAAGUGGUCAUGGUUCUGAAAAGACUGUACCUGUUGAUCCUACAAGCUCCUAAAACCUGACCUCGUCAUCAAGGGUAUCUUUACCACUUGAAGGAUCAGUUACCUUUGGAAGAGCUUAGAUAAAUUCCUAUCAGACAUCAACCCCCCAACCAGAAGUAGCUUUUCAAGGGUCUGUACAAGCUCAUAAAACCUGAGACCAUUUUAUGACUUAAAUGUACCUGCAAUGCAGAGGGAGAUACCCAUCCAUCUGUCCGCCUUGGGGCAAUAUGCUUGAAGAUAAGCCAUCGAACCCCUGUGCAUGCAUGCAGCCAUCAAACGUAUUCUCUCAAGUUGCAACAUCCACCAGGCUCCCAAUGCCUUUGAAGGCUCAAAAGAACUUGAUGAUAACUCACUUCAUAACACACUAGACUGGCUUUCAACCAGCCUUCCUGUAUGACUGACCUUGGCAACAAUGAAUGCUUGGAUCUGCUCGACCUUGCCUGUUCUGCCAGAAGCUAUGGGGUGCAUGGCUCACCCCCAUAUAUUAGAGGUCAUCCAAGGGUCAGAGGUUAGAGGUUAGAGGUGAGCUGUGUUGUGUCCAAGAUUAAAGGUAAACAUGUUCUUGCCAAGCAAAUGUGGAGUUAAUUUAGGAUUUGAAAUUCAGUUCAUGAACACACAUGUACAUUUUAUUUGCCACAUUGAGCCAAUAUAUGUUAAGUAUGUGUCCACGUUCAGGAACUUAAAA